CCCUUUCCAAACAAACUUCCGCUCUUUCCUCUUCACGGACUCUCAGCUACUUCCGGGUGUUGGGUUUACAGAGAGGAGACUUCGCUGUGUCCGGCAGCCGCAAACAUUCCAGCUGUGAGGAACCGGAGUGUUUACUACAAGUCGCACGUCCUGCAUUCUCACUGAUUCACUGAGGAUGGACAAUGACAAGAGUCACAAGGCUGAGAGGAUAAUAAAUAUCACCCUGGAGAUCAUCUACCUGCCGACUGGGGAGGAUUACACAGUAGUGAAGAAGACAUCCGGUGAGUGUGAGACUCCCAGAAGCCGUCCUCAUGUGUCAGGAAAACUGAGCAGGACCCAGAGCUCCAUCACGGUGCCUCCACCUCACUCACUGAUACAUGAGAGGCAAAAUUACCAGGAGAUCCUGGAACUCAUCAACAAGAUCCUGGAACUCAUCAACAAGAUCAUUCAGCUGCUGACUGGAGAGGAGGGGGAGGAUAUAGAGGAACACAGGAGUCUGUACAAGGACGUGAUGAUGGAGAAUCACCGGCCCCUCACAUCACUGGAUGGGCCCAGUAACAGAGAUACCCCAGAGAGAUGUCCCCGUCCUCUGUAUUCCCAGGAUUGUACAGAGGAGAAUCACAGGACCCCACAGGAGGAUCAGGGUGAAGACGGAGAAGACACGUAUGUGACUGAUAUAAAGGCAGAAGAUAUAGAGGGAGAAGAAGAGACGUAUGUGACUGAUAUAAAGACAGAAGAUACAGAGGGAGAAGAAGAGACAUAUGUGACUGAUAUAAAGGCAGAAGAUGUAGAAGGAGAAGAAGACACGUAUGUGACUGAUAUAAAGGCAGAAGAUAUAGAGGGAGAAGAAGAGACGUAUGUGACUGAUAUAAAGGCAGAAGAUACAGAGGGAGAAGAAGAGACGUAUGUGACUGAUGUAAAGGCAGAAGAUUUAGAGGGAGAAGAGACGUAUGUGACUGAGAUGAAGGCAGAAGAUACAGGGGGAGAAGAUGAGACAUAUGUGGGCUAUGAUCAGCAGUGUAAGGAGGAGGAAAUCCCUACAGAUAUCAGCACGGCAGGUGGAUGUAGCAGCCGUAAUGUCUCAGAGGACCAUCUCGUUUUAUCUCUGAAUUGUGAAAUAGAUGAUGAUGAUGAUGAUGAUAUCGCCCAAGAUGCUCCAGAAGAAAACCCAAUUACCCCAUUACACCAUGCAGAUAUAUCAUCUGAUUCCUCUGAUCCUGGGGAAUGUUCUCCUGAUCACUCUGAUAUUGUUUCAUCUGUUACAGCUCUGAGAGUAGAUACAGAGUUUCCAUGUUCUAUAGAUGCCAAAUGUUUUAGACAGAACACAAAGCUUAUUAGCCAUCAGCCAGCUAGGGCAGGUGAGAGGCCAAUUCCAUGUUCUGAGUGUGGGAAAUGUUUUACAACGAAAUCACAUCUUGUGGCACAUCACAGAAGUCACACAGGUGAGAGACCAUUUACAUGCUCUGAGUGUGGAAAAUGUUUUACAGAUAAAUCAUCUCUUGUUAGACAUCACAGAAGUCACAGAGGUGAGAAGCCAUUUCCAUGUCCUGAGUGUGGGAAAUGUUUUACACAGAAAUCAACUCUUGUUACACAUCAGAGAAGUCACACAGGUGAGAAGCCAUAUCCAUGUCCUGAGUGUGGGAAAUGUUUUACAAGGAAAUUCUAUCUUGUUACACAUCAGAGAAGUCACACAGGAGAGAGGCCAUAUCUAUGUUCUGAGUGUUGGAAAUGUUUUACAUGCAAACCACAUCUUGUUAGACAUCAGAAGACGCACCGCUCUCACAAUAUGAAUAUUCAUGAACACUUAUCACGCACUUACUCUUUCCGGUCUGUGCGUUCCACCCUCACACUUCCGGUCUGUGCGUUGCACCCUCACACUUCCGGUCUGUGCGUUGCACCCCCACACUUCCGGUCUGUGCGUUCCACCCUCACACUUGCGCUCUUUCCUUUCAACAGCCACUUCCGGGUGUUGGAUCAACGCCGAGAGGAGGCAUCGCUGUGUCCGGCUGCAGCAGCGGACACCCCAGGUGUCUUUACUACAAAUCGUGCAUCCUGCAUUCUCACUGAUUCACUGAGGAUAGACAGUGACAGGAGUCACAAGGCUGGGAGGUUAAUAAAUAUCACCCUGAAGAUCAUCUACCUGCUAACUGGAGAGGGUUACACAGUAGUGAAGAAGACAUCCGGUGAGUGUCAGGCACCCAGCAGCCGUCCCCAUGUGUCAGAAGGACUGAGCAGGACCCAGAGCCCCAUCACGGUGCCUCCACCUCACUCACUGAUACACGAGAGACACAAUGACCAGAAGAUCCUGGAACUAACCAACAAAAUCAUUCAGCUGCUGACUGGAGAGGAGGAGGAGUAUAUAGAGGAACACAGGGGUCUGUACAAGGACGUGAUGAAGGAGAAUCACCGGCCCCUCACAUCACUGGAUGGGCCCAGUAACAGAGAUACCCCAGAGAGAUGUCCCCGUCCUCUGUAUUCCCAGGAUUGUACAGAGGAGAAUCACAGGACCUCACAGGAGGAUCAGGGUGAAGAGCUUACUCUUAUUAAGGCAGAUGAGGGUGAAGAGUUGUAUGUGACUGACAUGACUGCAGAAGAUAUAGAUGGAGAAGAAGAGACGUAUGUGAGAGGUGAUCAGCAGUGUAAGGAGGAAGAAAUCCCUACAGAUACCAGCACAGCAGCUGGAUGUAGCAGACGGAAUGUCUCAGAUAAUCAUCUCGUUUUAUCUCAGAAUUGUGAAAUUGAUGAUGGCAUCACCCAAGAGUCUCCUGGAGAAAACCCAAAUACCCUAAUUAUUCAUCCAGUACCUCACCGUGCAGAUAUAUCAUCUGAUUCCUCUGAUCAUGGGGAAUGUUCUCCUGAUAACUCUGAUAUUGCUGCAUCUGUUACUGCUCUGAGAGUAGAUACAGAGUUUCCCUGUUCUAUAGAUGCCAAAUGUUUUACACAGAGCACACAGCUUAUUACCCAUCAGUCACCUAAGGCAGGUGAGAGGCCAUUUCCAUGUUCUGAGUGUGGGAAAUGUUUUACAUUCAAAUCAGCUCUUGUUACACAUCAGAAAAGUCACACAGGUGAGAUGUCGUAUAUCUGUUCUGAGUGUGGGAAAUGUUUUGCUUACAAAUCACAUUUUGUUAUACAUCAGAGAAGUCACACAGGUGAGAGGCCAUUUCCAUGUCCUGAGUGUGGGAAAAGUUUUACAUGCAAAUCAUCUCUUGUUCCACAUCAGAGAAGUCACACAGGUGAGAGGCCAUUUCCAUGUUCUGAGUGUGGGAAAUGUUUUACAGUGAAAUCACAUCUUGUUACACAUCAGAGAAGUCACACAGGUGAGAAGCCUUAUACAUGUUCUGAGUGUGGAAAGUGUUUUACACUGAAAUCAGAAAUUGUUAAACAUCAGAGAAGUCACACAGGCGAGAGGCCAUAUCCAUGUUCUGACUGUGGGAAGUGUUUUACACAGAAAUCACAUCUUGUUACACAUCAGAAAGGUCACAUAGGUGAGAGGCCAUUUCCAUGUUCUGACUGUGGGAAGUGUUUUACACAGAAAUCACAUCUUGUUACACAUCAGAAAGGUCACAUAGGUGAGAGGCUAUUUCCAUGUUUGGAGUGUGGGAAGUGUUAUAUACAGAACUCAGAACUUGUUAUACAUCAAAGGAGUCACACAGGUGAGAAGCCAUAUCCAUGUUCUGAGUGUGGGAAAUGUUUUACACAGAAAUCACAUCUUGUUGCACAUCAGAGAAGUCACACAGGUGCAAAGCCAUUUCCAUGCUUUGAGUGUGGGAAAAGUUUUACAGAGAAAUCACGUCUUAUUACACAUCAGAGACUUCACACAGGUGAGAGGCCAUUUCCAUGUUCUGAGUGUGGGAAAUGUUUUACAGUGAAAUCACUUCUUGUUAAACAUCAGAGACUUCACACAGGUGAGAAGCCAUAUCCAUGUUCUGAGUGUGGGAAAUGUUUUACACAGAAAUCAGGUCUUAUUACACAUCAGAGAAGUCACACAGGCGAGAGGCCAUAUCCAUGUUCUGAGUGUGGGAAAUGUUUUACACGUAAAUUAGUUCUUGCUACACAUCAGAGAUGUCACACAGGCGAGAGGCCAUAUCAAUGUUCUGAGUGUGGGAAAUGUUUUACACAGAAAUCAGAGCUUGUUAUACAUCAGAGAAGUCACACAGGCGAGAGGCCAUUUCCAUGUUCUGAGUGUGGGAAAUGUUUUACACAGAAAUCUGAACUUGUUAUACAUCAGAGAAGUCACACAGGUGAGAGGCCAUUUCCAUGUUCUGAGUGUGGGAAAUGUUUUACACAGAAAUCAGAUCUUGUUACACAUCAGAGAAGUCACACAGGUGAGAGGCCAUUUCCAUGCUCUGCAUGUGGGAAGUGUUUUACACAGAAAUCAAAUCUUGUUACACAUCAGAGAAGUCACACAGGUGAGCGGCCAUUUCCAUGUUCUGAGUGUGGGAAAUUUUUUACCCAGAAAUCACAUCUUGUUACACAUCAGAGACAUCACAAGUGAAGUUACUCAGGCGACACUUUUUAUGUUUGCAAGUGAGAAUAUUAUAUCCAAAAGCAUAAACCUCAGUAAGCUUAGUAUGGCUCCUGUCACAGUCUCUAUUGACCUUUCACAUGACAUUGUUUCAGUUACUGUACCAUUUGCAUUCUUGUUUAUUUGUACAUUUCCUUCUGAAACUUGACAGACAAGUUCCUAAAAAUAAACUUCUCCACGAUUCACAUUUA